AUGGAGUAUUUCAGCAGGCUAUUAAGGAAUAUGGCUAAAGACUCAAAGUUUAAAUACCACCCUAAAUGUGCCAAAGAAAAGAUCAUUCGGCUUGGCUUUGCAGAUGAUCUCUUGCUAUUCUGUAAGGGAGAUAUUGAGUCUGUGCAAUUGCUCUUCGAAAGUUUCCAGUUAUUCUCAAAGGUCUCUGGACUUACUGCUAGGUAUCUAGGAGUCCCGCUUAGUUCCAAGAGAUUGUCGAUGACACAAUGUAGACCCCUACUAGACAAGAUGUUGGAUAGAAUUACUAACUGGACAACCAAAUUCUUAUCAUAUGCUGGAAGGGUCAUAUUGAUUAAGAGCGUGUUGUUUGCCAUACAAACCAUUUGGGCUCAGAUCUUUAUCCUUCCAAAGAAGAUUGUGAAACAAAUUAUUACUACAUGUAAAAGAUUCUUAUGGACUGGUGCUAAAGAGGAAAAUAGAGCACUUUUGGCAUGGGAUACUUUGUGUCAUCCAAAAUCAGCUGGGGGCUUGAAUUUUAUUGACAUAGAAAAGUGGAAUAAAGCGGCAAUUUGCAAGCAAUUAUGGAAUCUGAGCAAAAAACAAGAGGAUACAUUAUGGGUGAUAUGGGUGCAUGCCUAUUACUGGAAGGGCGGCUCUAUAUGGAAUGCAAACUUUCAACAGGCAUUUUGGUGCCUCAGCAAAAUUACUACCGCAGGCAAAUAUGUUACCCAAGCUGGCAUGACAAUGAAUGAGCUAAUUAACAUGGAGCACUUUUCUAUCAAGAACAUGUAUCAAAAGCUCAGGGGUGACUAUCCUAAGGUUCCCCGGAGAAGAAUAAGUUGCAAUAAUAUUGGUAUUCGGAGGCAAGUAAUGAGCUGGAAUGAUGAACUUGACUGGGCUGCAGUUAACUAUAAUGGCAAGAAUCCAGAGGCUGAGCUGUACAGGAUGUUUUUGCAGAUAUACUAA